UGGCCGAGCUAAAGGCUGCGCCACUCUCCGGGUCCGUCCAGCUGCAGCGGCUCGCGAGAGGAACCCACGGGAACACCUGUCUCCCCCGCGUAAUCGUGAACAUCCGGCGAGGACCGCGCCGCCGACGACGACGACGCCGAUCGUCACCAGGGAGACGAACGCGCUACCAAGUGCGACUACCACGCGCCUCGACGUCCGCCGCAUUCUCCACGAUAGUGGAUCGCGAGAGUGUCCGGUGAGCCGUGUUCCGGAGCCGGUGGCAGGCUCGCGGAGAGGCCGCCGGCUCGCGUCGUGCAUGGGGACCGAUCAUGUGUCGACAGUGUGUCAAGUGAUUCUGUCUAUCCUUUAGAUCGUUAGAUCGUAUAAUCGCCCGGAGGGUGAGAGUUGGUUUUCUUGUUCUUCCUGGUGAAGGUAUCGUUAUACGUAGGAAAGGGGGUAGAGGGAAGGUUUCGCUCGUUUCGGUCGGUUUCUCAAGGGGAAAGGGAUACGGAGAGUGUGUAAUUUUCUAACGUGGUAGAAACAUUAUUGCCGGGUGUGAUCCACGUGUGUUUCAACGAGACGGACAAGAUCGACGUUCGUGGUGGAGGGCUGGCUAAUGCACCGCGGCGGCGGCGUCGCCGGAAGCGGUGCUGCUGGAGGAGCCGGUGGAUCGGCCGGAAGUAGCGCGUUACCCUCGACGAGUCACCGCGGCCUCGAACUGGAACAUCCGUCGGCUAUGCCCGGUGCACCGGGUUUCCAUUGGGGGGCGAUGCUCGCUGGCCACCAUGCGGCCGCCGCUGCGAGCAUGAUGCAGCCACCCCUUUCCGCGGCCGGUGAGUACACCCCCGCGCCGGCACACCAUGGCCCUACUCACCCUGCCAUGCCCAUGGACCUUCACGUUCAUCAGGGAUUCCCUUACUACAGGUAUCGAGAUGACGCUCUCUGUUGGACAGACAGGAAACCGUCCAUGGACGACGUUGGAAAUCCUACCUCCGUCAACGCACGAUUUGACGAGAGACACUACGCUUUCGAAAGCAUCCUCGAGCUGCGCAAGGAGAAGAGCAGAGACGCUGCCAGGUCUCGAAGGGGGAAAGAGAACUUCGAGUUCUACGAGUUAGCGAAAAUGCUGCCAUUACCGGCGGCUAUUACCUCCCAGUUGGACAAAGCCUCUAUAAUAAGGCUAACCAUCUCGUACCUCAAACUUCGGGAGUUCUCGGGUCACGGAGACCCGCCAUGGAAUCGGGAUGGGCCACCGCCAAAUAAGUCUGGCAAAGGUGCGAAUCGAGUUAGGUCAUCAGCAUCCGCCGCGAUGGACCAUUUCGACGUACAUCAGGGUACCCAUAUACUCCAGUCGCUGGACGGGUUCGCGAUGGCGGUCGCCGCUGAUGGACGGUUCCUGUACAUAUCCGAGACCGUCUCAAUUUACCUUGGACUCUCACAGGUAGAGAUGACGGGGUCAAGCGUUUUCGAUUACGUUCAUCAGCAAGACCACGCGGAAGUCGCGGAGCAAUUAGGCCUGGGACUUGCUUCGAACAGCUCUUCCGGUCCACACUCGUCGAGCUCUGGAUUAGCGUCGCCAAGUAGCGCAGCGUCCGAGGAACACGGUUCAUCUUCCACCGCGAAUCCCGACGUGUCCUCGGUAAUGUCAUUAUCAGCAAAUAAUCUUUACAAAGGAUACGACCGCGCGUUCUGCGUGAGGAUGAAGUCUACCUUAACGAAAAGGGGGUGCCAUUUUAAGUCUUCUGGUUAUAGGGUCGUGUUGCUACUGUGCCGUUUGAGACCACAGUAUACGUUUAGCCAUACAAGAAAGUCCGCGCCGCCAUUGAUAGGCAUGGUCGGUCUGGCGAUCGCACUUCCUCCGCCAAGUGUGCACGAAAUUCGCCUGGAAACUGACAUGUUCGUCACACGGAUCAGUUUUGAUUUUCGGAUAGCACAUUGCGAACCAAGGGUGUCCGAACUAUUGGAUUAUACAGCCGACGAAUUAACGGGGAAAAAUCUUUAUACAUUGUGCCAUGGGGAAGAUGCGAAUCGUCUUCGGAAAUCUCACAUUGACUUAAUUCACAAGGGACAAGUGUUGACACAUUAUUAUAGAUUGAUGAAUAAAAGCGGAGGAUACACGUGGCUACAGACGUGCGCCACGGUAGUGUGCAAUUCGAAAAACGCCGAGGAACAAAAUAUCAUCUGUGUCAAUUACGUUAUAAGUGGCCGGGAGUACGAAAACUUAAUCAUGGAUUGCUGUCAACUGGAAGAGGGCGUGAUGGGUGUGAAACGUGAGGACGCGGCUGGAAACGAUCCAGAAAAUGGAUCGCCAGAUGCCGACAGAGGAGAAGGAAGAAAUCACGGCGGACCAUCGAACCAACAUCAGGAACGGCCUCACAGAUCGCCACCGGAAGAUCGCGAAGAUACUCGCGGCUCGGAGAGCGAGAAACGAGGCAGCAGGCACCACGACAAUAUAGCUCAGUUGCAGCAAGAGCCACAGACGGCGGUCGGGAACAUUAGCACGCUCGUAGUGAAAUUACGUGGACACAAGCGGAAGUUGCACGAGGACGAUAGCAGCUCGAACGAGGAAGAGGACGAGGAGGACGACCCAACGGUGAAAGUCACGAAUAACGAGAGAAGCCACGCUCUAAGUCCAGCUCCAUCAAACCAUUCCAUUUCAGGAGGUGAGCAAGUACUAUGCUCGGCCAGUCCGAAAUCGAGACGCGUGGACGAUAGAACGAGCAACGCGGACAGUGCCGGCACCUCCGUGAAAGAUCUAGAACAAGCGAUGUCCAAGCAUCUGCCGGUUCAAAAUCUCAAUAAGUCCCAUUCGCCGACGCUGCAUCAGCCAACGGACUUUAGCACGGACGCGUUGCUCAAGCAGCAACAGCAGAGGAGUACGAUACAAUGGAUCGGUGCUCAUCAUCACUUAGGACAUCUGAGUCCGCAACAGUCGACCACCGCUCCAUUACCAGCGUCAGCCCUUCUACGACAAUUGUACGCCAACAGGGAGAGCGUGAUACGAGCCAACGUGCACGGAAUCACGUCCAGUAGUAAUACAAGAACUACUUCCUCCGGUGGAACGUAUUACGCCGGGGACACGGCACCCAGCGGCCCUCUGCCCACUCCGCCUGGCUCCGAAGGAUCCAGCACUUACGGUGAACAUCAGUUCGUACUGGCAACGCACAACCAGAAGAGUUCCACUGGGACAAGUUGCGCCGAUGCGUUUACAAGUCUCGUUUCCUCGUACUCCACCGGCAGCGGUUACACGGUCGAUUAUCACUCAGCGAUGACACCGCCGUCGUCCGUUUCACCGCGUGACAAGCAACAACAACAGCAACAACAACAGCUGCAUCCGGUGAACGUGAUCAGCAGCUACGAAGGCUCGUCGGCCUACACUGAUCCCGUGUUACGACACCAAUACGAGCCAGCGCAACCGUUGCCUUUGAAGCCACAAGUGUACUCGGCGGCCGUUCAUCCGAGCGCGUUGGACGCCGCUGCAGCGUACGCCUCGGCUGGCCUAACCGAGCAAGCGCAAUUUUACCAUCACCCAGCCGCCGGCGCUGGUUUCCACAUUUACCAUCCGACGAACAAGUCGACGACGAACGGUUGGUACAGUUCGACGUCCUAGUGGCGUGCGCCAGUACGCAAGAGUGUACUUAAGUAACUGAAAUUACUGAGCCCAAAGUCCCUACAUGCAUAUCAGUGAUAUCAUAUUCAUCUCUGUACACCGAUUUCCCUCUCGUUUCCCCCCCUCUCUCGUUUUUUCCCCCAUACGUUCGUUCACGUCGCCUUCUUUCUGUUCUCUCCCGUUUUUUCGCUUUUCUCCCCACGAUUUUUCACUUUCACGUCGACAAGGCGUCGUCGUCCACGUCUUUCCCGAAGCUAGUUUUCAUUCUUUGCUCUUCCUCCCUCCCACCCUCCCUCCCCCCUCAUCCAGCGAUCAUACGCGCGCAUCCAAUGUGCCAAUUGAACUGUAAAAAAUCGCUGCUCUCUAUUCUUGACUAUGUAGAAUGACUUAUUGUAAUAUAACAGAAAUAAAUUAUUAUGUAUGUUGACAUUUUCGGAGAUAUUCGCGAAACGGAGGAUAGAAGUUUCUAAAAAAGAGAGAGAAAAAAGAAAAGGAAGAGAAAGGGAGAAAAAGAAAAAGAAACAAAGAAGAGAAGGAAAAGAAACAAAUGAGUCACAGAGGACAAGAAUAUGUUAUGGUGCGACGCUCAAGGGGCAAAACGGUGAAUCUCGAAACGCGGCGACCAAUUUUAAUUCAAUAUAGUCCCACGUGAACACGAGAACAGCGCGCGAAAGAAGGAACAACGGAGAAAUAAAGAAUAAAGGUUCAUCAGCGUUAUUGCUGUAAAAAGAGAGAGAGAGAGAGAGAGAGAGAGAAAGAGAGAGAGAGAGAGAGAGAAAACGCCGGUGUGGUUGUUAGCGAUAAAUUUACUCGAGAAGCCGUACUUGUCGUAAAUUUUUUAUACUUGUAACAUUUUGUUGCGUAAAUACGAUGACUUUAGUGAAGUCAACAGUGCAAUCGUUACACGUUUUUUAGCGUUAAUUUAAGAGGAUCGGAUAGAGAAGAAUAAUGUUUACCUUUUUGCUUAUAACGUAAACGAAAGAAGCGUUGUUUCUGUACGAAAGAAAGAAAGAGAGUGUGCGAGUGUGAAAGAGAAAAAAGAGAGAAAGCGGAAGAGAGAAAGUAUGCAACACUACGAAGGAAAUCGCUAUCUCUAUUGAUAUAGAAAAAUAUUGUUUCAACGUUGUUAAUUUAUUUGAUCAAUCUGUCGAUUACUUUUAUCACUCGUUGCCAUCGAGUCACGUUAUUAACUUUAAUUGUUCGAAUCUAGGCGUUCGUUUAUCGUCAAUAUUAAUACAUAUCAAUUUUCCCGAUAACGAUAAAUCACUGCCUUACCAUAAUUCGAACUAAUAGUGCGAAUGUAAAAGCCGCUUGAUUGAAAAAAAAAAAAAAAAUGGGAUAUGGAAGUGCAACGAAUGUUUAUUUUCAAGUUACAAAUCAUGGAUAUAUAAAUAUGUGUGUUGUUAGAGGUAGCGAAUUCUUUCUGAGAUUAUUAUGUUUUGUUGUAAAUUGAUGAAUUGUUUUUUGACGAGUACACAUGUAAAUACAAUUUUAUGUGCUGUAAGAUCCACCUGUUGAAUAUUUCUAUUCAUAAUUUUUCGGAAUAUUUCUACGAAAUUUAUUUUCGUUGAAGGAACAUUGUAAGGCAGUGACUUAAAGCAUUAAAAUAUAUGCAUAACGUCUCCAUCUUGGUAAAA